GCCGCCGGCUAUGUAGGGCCCCGGUGCGGGCGGAUCCGGAGGCCGCUGCCCGCCUCUGGAGCGCGGCGCCGGGGCCGGGCCCGACGGGAUGUUCUCCAAGAAGCCGCACGGGGAUGUGCGGAAGUCCACGCAGAAGGUGCUGGACACCCGCAAGGACCCGCUCACCCGCCUCAAGCAUCUGCGCGUCCUCAUCGAGAAUGCAGAGUCAAUUGAUCUCAAACAGUUUUUUGAUCUACAUUUCUCACAUAUAUAUUAUGUGUUCUUUGAAAACUUUGUGACUAUUGAAGUAGGUCUGAAACAAAAAGGUCACAAGUCUCAGAGAGAAGAAUUAGAUUCUAUUCUUUUUAUUUUUGAGAAAAUAUUGCAACUCCUUCCAGAAAGGAUUCAUCAGAGAUGGCAAUUUCAUAGUAUUGGGUUGAUUUUAAAGAAGCUUCUUCAUACUGGAAAUUCAUUAAAGAUACGUCGAGAGGGUGUGCGUCUCUUUCUGCUGUGGCUGCAAGCACUUCAGAAUAACUGUAGUAAAGAACAACUAUGGAUGUUUUCUUGCUUAAUUCCUGGAUUUUCAUCACCACAAUCCGAAUAUGGUCCCCGAACACUAGAUAAUCUCAUUAACCCUCCUCUUAACGUUCAAGAAACUCAAGUGACUAUAGAGGAAAUCACUCCACUUGUUCCUCCUCAAUCUGGAGAUAAAGGACAAGAAGACUUAACAAGCUAUUUCUUGGAAGCGCUUUUGAAAUACAUAGUAAUUCAGGUUAAGAGUUUAGAAUGGAAGAACAAAGAAAACCAGGAAAAGGGAUUUUCAUUUUUAUUCUCAAAUUUUAAGAAAUAUUAUUUACCUUCUAUUUUCCCAAACAUCUGUAAGGAGACCAGCUUAUAUAACCCUAUACUUGAUAUACCACAGAUGAGACCAAAGCCACACUAUGUAAUGGUUAAGAAAGAUGCUGAAACCAAUGAGGCAAUAUAUUGCACAAAGGAACCUUUUAUUAAGGCUCGUGUCAUUGUCAUUCGGUGGUUGGUGUCUUUCUGGCUUGAGCCAAAACCCCAUGCAGGACCUCACAUUCCUGGGAUGGAAGGUGAAAAUGUGCCAAAGAAUAUUCAGAGAGCAGCUGCUAGCAUGGCUUCAAGAGAAGACAGCAAAAAUGACAACACUGACAAGCAGGAUAGAAAUGCAGAGCCAGAACAAUCACAUUCUAAUACAAGUACUUUAACAGAGAGAGAACCAAGUUCUUCUAGCCUCUGCAGUAUUGAUGAAGAACAUUUAACUGAUAUUGAAAUUGUCCGCAAAGUCUUUUCUUCUAAAAGAAGUAAUGUUAAUUUUCUAACUGAGAUUUUUCGACAGGCAUUUCUGUUGCCAAUUUGUGAAGCAGCUGCCAUGAGGAAAGUGGUAAAGGUAUAUCAGGAAUGGAUUCAGCAAGAAGAUAAGCCUUUAUUUAUGAAAGAACCUGAAGAAGUAACGCAGUGUGCAACUGUAGAUUGUGAUGAAAAUGUUGUAGACCGCAAUUCAUCGGAGAAAGCAAAAGAAAGAGAAGAGGAAAAAGCUAUGAACUCCAGUCAUGUUCGGAACUCAAACUGGGCAAGAAAUGGCUGUUACCAAGAGACUUUGCAUAAGCUAUCUGAGAUUGAUACUGAAGAGCAAAAUGUGCGAGCUGGAAUGCAGUCAGUAUUACAGGUUUUUAUAAUAAAUUCUUCAAACAUAUUUUUUCUCGAACCUGCAAAUGAAAUUAAAACUCUGUUGGAUGAACACACUGAUAUGUGUAAACGGAUUCUUAAUAUCUACCGUCACAUGGUAGUUCAAGUUACUAUGGACAAGAAGACUUGGGAACAAAUGCUACUUGUGCUGCUCAGAGUUACUGAAUCUGUGCUGAAAAUACCACCCCAAACUUUCUUGCAGUAUCAAGGAAGAAAAAACUCCACUUUAGCAGGAAGACUUGCAGGACCUCUUUUCCAGACUCUUAUAGUAGCUUGGAUCAAAGCAAAUCUAAACGUGUACAUCUCUCGAGAACUUUGGGAUGACUUACUGUCUGUCAUGUCAUCACUGACAUACUGGGAAGAGCUGGCCACUGAGUGGUCACUGACAAUGGAGACCCUAACUAAAGUGUUAGCUAGAAACUUGUAUAGUCUGGACCUCAGUGACCUGCCAUUGGAUAAGUUAAGCGAGCAGAAGCAGAAAAAACACAAAGGCAAAGGAGUUGGGCAUGAAUUCCCCAAGUCUUCUGUGGAUAAGUCCUUUUCUAGAGGCUGGAGCCGUGAUCAGCCUGGACAGGCGCCAAUGAGACAACGGAGUGCUACAACCACUGGAUCUCCAGGAACUGAAAAGGCAAGAAGCAUAGUACGGCAGAAAACUGUUGCCAUGAGAAGCCGAUCCAUUGGUGAAUGUGCUCUGCCAUCGGCCUAUAUACGCAGUGCUAAAAGUGCUCCUGUUCUGAUCCAUACUUCCAAACCCUUCUUGCCUGAUAUUGUUCUCACUCCCCUUUCUGAUGAGCUUUCAGACAUUGAUGAUGCUCAAAUUCUUCCACGUCCACCUCGAGUCAGACAUUUUUCACAGAGUGAGGAUGCUCCAAGUGAAGUUUUUGGUGCAUUAAAUGAGGAACAACCACUGCCACGAAGUAGCAGCACCUCUGACAUCCUGGAACCAUUUGCAGUUGAACGAGCCAAAGGUGCAGUUCCUGUCAUUGACAGUUCAUCCCAUCACGCUCCAAGUUUACAGAGUUCCACUGAGACCUCUUCAAUGCAUAGAUCCACUGAAAGCCAUAUUACUGAUUCAAAUAGCAGAGAGUCCUCCUUGGAAGUUGGGGAUAGUAUUUAUGACCAUCUUUGUCAUUUAAUAGGGCCAGUAGAAUUUGCAAACACAACCUUUGAACAAAACCAGUGUGUUGACCUUGAAGGUGAAGAUGAUCUUCUUUCCUCUCUGAGAGAAUAUCUUAAAGAAAAAGAAGAACUUUGCGGUAACUUUGAGAUAGAUGAAUGUGAGGCUUCUGCUCACGAAGGUGAUACAUCAGUAAAUAGGAAUGAUAGAUUACCACUGGAUGGAUUAGAAAAUAGUGAUCAGACUGGUCAAUGCACGAAUAGCAUCACUGUUACAGAAAGACCUGAUAACUCAGAGCUGCACCUAGAACAAAACCAAAGUGGCUUUAUAAGUAAUAUUGCACCUACUCAAAUAGACAUUUUUGCAAGAAAUGAAGCACUCGAUAAAGUCAGACAGUUAAAUAUCGAUAAACAGUGUGAAAGUCUGUUUGAUCAUGGGCCAAUUAGUCCUAGCAUCAAAGAAGGAAAAAGAUAUCUGUACAGGCAAGCAGCCACUGAAGCUGAUGUAGAUUCAGCCAUGGAAGCAGCGUUAGCUGAAAAGCAUAAAAGUGCUCAAUUUAACGAAAAAAUAACCAACUCACGUGUUAUGCAUGCAAAGAAAAUUCUUCCUAAAGCACAAGUUAACCCUCAAAUGCCUCACAUCGCAGGUGCAAGCAAGCUGUCACCAACUAAAAGGAGUAUAUCUGAAACAGUAACUCAUAGGGCCAAAAUCAUGAAAAUAACAGCUAAAAAAAGAAAUAGCGUUCAUGUAACUUUUAGACCAUCUACAGAAUCAGUUCAGUUUUACAAUCCUCUUGAGAACAAAGAGGCUGCUUGGAAAGCAAGACUUCGUAAACUUAGUGGCUUCAGCGGUAGUAGUAGCGGCAACAGCAGUAGCAGUACAAGCACCAGCUCAUCAGCUGCCACAGAGCUGGUUAGACCUGGAAUAUAUAGACCUCUAGAUGCAAUCAAUGCUGCUUCACUUGGUAGCAAGCAAAGUAAGGAAAUUACAGAAAUUCAAGCAGCUGUGCUGCAAAAGGAAAGUGUUGCAGUUAAUCAGUUCCAUAAUCGUAGUGCAUUUAGAUCAUCAGGUCAGGAGUCAGCGCAACAGCAGGGCUCCCUGGGUGGUGUUUAUAAAACUGUUGUACAUGCUCUUUCGAAGCCGAAGGCAAAUGUUUCCCCACAGAGGCAGAACAGAAUGCCAGCAGAGGCUCCACUGAGGGAUCUGUACAGUCAUGUAAUGGGCUAUUUUGGAAGGAAAGCUGCAGCUAAUAGAGAGGACAUGAGUCAAAAGCUGCACCCUAUUGAUAGUGAUAUUGGCAGUAGCAAUACAAAUGUUCCUGACCUCAUGGAUGAAUUUAUAGCUGAGAGACUCCGCAGUGGUAGUACACUGAAUGUGACAAGACGGGGAAGCAGUCCUGGCAGCCUGGAAGUUCCAAAAGAUCUUCCUGAUGUAUUGAACAAACAGAACCAAAUGCGUCCUAUAGAUGACCCAGGCGUGCCUUCCGAAUGGACAUCACCUGCUAGCGCAGGCAGCAGUGACCUCAUCAGUUCAGAUAGCCACUCGGACUCGUUCAGUGCUUUUCAGUAUGAUGGACGCAAAUUUGAAAGUACACUUACAGCGACUAAGCAGAAUACAGGACAUGCAAUAGGAAUGUCUUCUCCAGAAGUUCAGUCGCAGUUUUGUGACAGAAAUGAGAAUGUCCAUAAUAGCCAAUUACUUUCUGCUUUUACAUCUUAUGUAAAUUGUGCAACAGUGUGUUGGAAGCAUAGGAGAUGUACAUACAAGUUUUACAUGGAGGAUUUUGGAGAUUUCAGCUUUGGCACAGAGGCAGGGACGCCAGCUUCCACUGAUGCUGAUGCAAUUUCAGGACAGCAGCAGAGUGCUGAGGAACAAGAAGUAGCCAGUCUAACUACACUCCAUAUAGAUUCGGAAACAAGUAGUCUGAAUCAGCAACCGUUGUCUGCUGAAGCUGCAACUGUUACUGGCUCUGAAAGUGCUUCUCCAAUUCAAUCUGCUCUUGGAUCCCGAUCACAGACACCCUCUCCUGCCACUCUUCAUGCAGAUCAUAUUGAGCAGAAGGAUCUGCAACUGGAUGAGAAGCUCCACCACUCUGUUUUGCAGACGCCAGAUGACCUAGAAACUGGUGAAUUUCCCUCAGAAUGUUGCAGUGUUAUGGCUGGGGGAACACUUACAGGAUGGCACGCAGAUGUUGCUACUGUGAUGUGGAGACGAAUGCUAGGAAUUUUAGGUGAUGUCAACAGCAUCAUGGAUCCAGAGAUUCAUGCCCAGGUUUUUGAUUACCUGUGUGAACUGUGGCAGAAUCUGGCCAAGAUAAGAGACAAUCUUGGUAUUUCAACAGAUAACCUCACUUCACCAUCUCCACCAGUUUUAAUCCCACCACUGAGAAUUCUAACACCUUGGCUGUUCAAGGCAACAAUGCUGACUGAUAAAUACAAACAAGGGAAGCUACAUGCUUAUAAACUCAUUUGUAAGACAAUGAAGCGAAGACAAGAUGUAUCUCCAAACAAGGAUUUUUUGACUCAUUUCUAUAAUAUAAUGCACUGUGGACUUCUUCAUGUUGAUCAGGAUAUUGUCAAUACAAUCAUCAAGCACUGCUCUCCUCAGUUCUUUUCACUUAGUUUGCCUGGUGCCACCAUGCUUAUUAUGGAUUUCAUUGUAGCAGCAGGAAGGGUGGCAGCUUCUUCUUUUCUCAAUGCACCAAGAGUUGAAGCUCAAGUUCUUUUAGGAUCUCUUGUCUGUUUUCCCAAUUUAUAUCAUGAACUACCAGCUCUUCACCCAAACAUUCCUGACAUAGCUGUGUCUCAGUUUACAGAUGUUAAGGAGCUCAUAAUUAAAACUGUGUUAAGUUCAGCCAGAGAGGAGCCAUCUGGUCCUGCAAGAUGUGUUGCUCUUUGCAGCCUUGGUAUUUGGAUCUGUGAGGAGCUAGUUCAUGAAUCUCAUCAUCCUCAGAUCAAGGAAGCAUUGAAUGUGAUUUGUGUUUCUUUAAAGUUUCCGAAUAAGACAGUAGCUCAAGUUGCCUGCAGUAUGCUGAAUAUGCUGAUACAUUAUGUGCAUAGACUUCAAGUGUAUCAAGCUGAUUCACCUUUAAGAAUUAUUCAAAUUCUGAUAGCUACAAUUACCCAUCUGCUACCCGGUACAGAAGCUUCAUCCUAUGAACAGGACAAGAGGUUGGUAGUUUCCUUACUUCUGUGCUUAUUGGAUUGGAUAAUGGCCUUGCCAUUGAAGACCUUGCUGCAGCCUCUUCACGCUACAGGAGCAGAAAAUGAUAAGACUGAGAGAUCUGUUCUUAAUUGUAUAUAUAAGGUUCUACAUGGAUGUGUCUAUGGAUCUCAGUGUUUUAGUAACCCCAAAUAUUUUCCCCUAAGUCUUUCUGAUUUGGCAUGUGUGGAUUACGAUCCAUUUAUGCAUUUAGAAAGCUUGAAGGAGCCAGAACCACUGCAUUCUCCAGACUCAGAGCGUUCUUCUAAACUUCAACCAGUCACCGAAGUGAAAACUCACAUGCAACAAGGAUUAAUUUCUGUUGCUGCUCGUACUGUGAUAACGCAUCUAGUCAACCACUUAGGUCACUAUCCUAUGAGUGGAGGACCUGCUAUGCUGACUAGUCAAGUGUGUGAAAAUAAUGACAAUCCAUAUAGUGAAAGUCCUGAACUUUCUCCUGAACUUUUUGAGAACCCAAACCUUCAAUUCUUUGUGUUAAACAAUACUUCCUUGGUGUCUUGCAUACAAAUCCAAGCAGAAGAUGACAUGCCUGGGGGAGGACUGUCUGCUGGACUUGCAUCUGCUAAUUCAAAUGUCAGAAUUAUAGUGCGUGAUCUGUCUGGCAAAUACUCAUGGGAUUCAGCCAUUCUGUAUGGACCAUCAUCCUUAUGUGCAUCUUCACAACAAACAUCUUUUGCCCUUUCAUUAUCUCAACAAGAAAAAACGGAAGAUCCCCUUUCUUCUUUUGAGCAUGUGGAGGACAUAUCUGCAAGGGAUGGAAUUACACUCCAAGUAAAAAGGAAAUUCAGAGACACUGUGCCAACAUGGGAUACAAUUAGGGAUGAAGAAGAUGCCCUUGAUGAGCUCUUGCAGUAUUUAGGUGUUACAAGCCCUGAAUGCUUACAGAGAACUGGAGUCUCACUCAACAUCCCUGCUCCUCAACCAGUCUGCAUCUCAGAGAAGCAGGAGAAUGACGUCAUCAAUGCAAUUCUGAAACAGCAUACAGAAGAGAGAGAGUUUGUUGAAAAACAUUUCAAUGAUUUAAAUAUGAGGGCUAUGGAGCAGGAUGAGCCAACAUCGCAAAAGCCCCAGUCAGCAUUUUACUACUGCAGACUACUUCUCAGUAUACUGGGAAUGAAUUCUUGGGAUAAAAGAAGGAGCUUUCAUCUCCUGAAGAAAAAUGAAAAGUUACUUCGAGAGCUCAGAAAUUUGGACUCAAGACAGUGCCGAGAGACCCACAAGAUUGCAGUGUUUUAUGUUGCUGAGGGACAAGAAGAUAAACACUCCAUUCUUACUAAUACUGGGGGAAGUCAAGCCUAUGAGGAUUUUGUAGCUGGCCUUGGCUGGGAGGUAAAUCUCACAAACCAUUGUGGCUUUAUGGGAGGACUGCAAAAAAACAAAAGCACUGGAUUGACCACUCCAUAUUUUGCUACCUCAACAGUAGAAGUAAUGUUCCAUGUGUCAACAAGAAUGCCUUCUGAUUCAGAUGACUCUCUAACAAAAAAGCUAAGACAUUUAGGAAACGAUGAAGUACACAUUGUUUGGUCAGAGCAUACUCGAGAUUAUAGAAGAGGAAUAAUUCCAACAGAAUUUGGUGAUGUUCUUAUUGUUAUCUAUCCCAUGAAAAACCACAUGUUCAGUAUCCAGAUCAUGAAGAAGCCUGAGGUUCCAUUUUUUGGUCCACUUUUUGAUGGUGCUAUUGUGAAUGGAAAAAUUCUUCCUAUUAUGGUUCGCGCAACAGCUAUAAAUGCAAGCCGUGCAUUGAAAUCAUUAAUCCCUUUAUACCAAAACUUCUAUGAGGAGAGAGCACGAUACCUGCAAACAAUUGUUCAGCAUCACCUAGAACCUACAACUUUUGAGGAUUUUGCUGCUCAGGUUUUCUGUCCAGCACCUUACCACCAUUUGCCCUCAGAUGCAGAAAGAAAUGCUGUGAUAUUUCUUCUCCUUCCAAAACCUCCACUAGAAAGCAUUGGCCACAUCAAGGUAAAGGGCAAAGGCUUGAAAUGGAAGGUCUUUCACGCUAGCUGUGAAUGGCUCCUGCCCAGAGACUCAGCCGGGAGAGCCUCCAGCAGCAGCAGCAGCAGCAGCGCAGGCGGAUGGAACCGACUUAGCCUCACCCAUGUCUCCUCGGACUAGCAAGAGCCGCAUGUCCAUGAAGCUGCGGCGCUCCUCGGGCUCGGCCAACAAGUCCUGAGGGCGGAGUGCCCCCAGCUUCCUGACAGCACCCGCAGCCUGCAGCUGGAGGACAGCACCCGGCCCCUGCCUACCCUUCCGUGUGCUCGUUUUAAACAGUGACACUGGAAUUUUACUUUCGUAUUUUAGCUUUUUUUUUUUAAAAGGAUUUUUUUUUUUUUUUUUUACUCCAGGCUGUCUUUUUUUUUUUUCUUUUUUUUUUUUUUUAAUUACGUUUUUUUUCCCUUGUUUUUUUACUUAGUGCAGCCUGCCCCCUGUACCUGUUACUGCGCUGGGUGAUGGGGACACCUCCCCAGGAGUCCUUUUUUAGCUCUGGUUGAUCUGAGUGACAUGAGAAUUGGAGACUGCCGUUUGGUUACACCGUAUUUAUUGUGCCCCAUUGCAGUUUUCUCUGAAACAAAGAAAGAAAUUUGAAAAAUGAAUGUACAGUUUUAAAUUGGAGUUGCAUCUGUAAAGUCUCUGUCAGAUGUCACAGUGCUAAUGCACAGCCUGUGCGCAGGCCAUUGAUGCUAAGAACGAAAUACUCCAACAGCCUUUCAGGCGUUACAGAGCCCAAACAGUAACUUGCACGCCGCAGCAGCUCCUUCCUCACAGAGCAGUGUGUCAUGUCAUAGCCACGCAGGUGGUGCCAUCAUCUAUGCCAGAAAAGAUAAGAAUCACUGUGCUGAGUUUCUCCUUCUGCUUGGCUUCCAAAUAUUUUUAUAACGUUUGCUUUUCAAAGUGGUACCAGUAGUCAAUGCCACCGAGUUCCAUGAGUUAUAGCCUUUCUCACCGCGCUGCUGGGCUAUAUGUGUGUCGUUGUUCCUUAAAAACAGCAACAACAACAACAGAAAAGCACUUUCCUGAUCUAAACUCAUUGCUCUGAUGCUGUGUACUGCAGAAGCAAAGGGAACACGCUGCAGGAUCGGACCUGCGGUGCCGCUGACUCGAGCCCCAAGCGCAGCUCCGUACACGCAUUCCACCCACCCAGAGAUAUUUUCCUACCGGAGAUGAGAUGCUCACAUUUUGGGGGCUGGCAAACAACAGAAUGCUGUUAACAAAAUGUAGCAUGGCAUCGGUACUAACUCUGCAUGUGUAAAUAUAUCAUAUGGGCGACAGUAAAAAUAUAAAUUAUGUAUUGUCAUUCAUGUAGUAUCUACAAAUUUGUAAUGGUUGAAGAGAAGACAUGCUAUUUAAUAAUACAAUAAAAUUAUUCUUACCACC